ACAGAAAUGUUAAGUUUGUUUUCGUGAUGGUUUCGAUGGACGCUCUUAGGUUUUGUUUUAUAUUAUUUAUUUGUCUAAAUUUAUCAGUUUCAGUAUAUUCAUACUUUGGAGAAUCAUGCUCAUUACCUCAAGUACUUCAAGGUGAAUGGUUCUCAAGGGAAGAUGGUUUGAAUAAUUUUAUCACAGUUGACUCAAAAUCAAUUCAAGAGCGAGGCAGGUGUAGAGAAAUUGUUAAUACUAAUAAUGAUAAUUUCACUAUUCUUCUACAGAAUGACAAUUGCUACCAUUGCAUCCGCAUUUUAGUAAGAACUUUGAAUGUGCUAGAAAAAAUUGAAACUGGAUGCAUCAAUCUUGAGUCAGAGAAACCUUCAGUUUAUUCUGUAUGUAAACAUUUAGAUCCUCAUAAAGAACUUAUAACAUGGUUUUCUAAAAAUCCUACCUUGAAGAACUGUCGAUCCAGUUUGGAAGGUGUAUGGAAAUUUGCUUAUCAAAAUCAAUUCUUAUUUACUGGUGAAUGCAAACAUCCAGAAGCUAACAUCACAGCAUGUCAAACGCCUGGAAGUCAGUUUUACAUACAAAAUCAACAGUAUUUGAUGAAUUAUCGUCAUUGUGAGGGUGUUGUAGAGACGCAGGAUGCAGAGGUACAAUAUAAAUGCUUGGGAGAUUGGUAUAUUGGCAAAAAUCAUUAUUGGGCUGUUCUGAAUGCUCGUGAAUCAAGAAUUGAAGAAGCAUAUAGAUGUUUUCUUGCAAAUAGGGAUGAUGAUUUCUUCAUAUCUGUCUCAAUUACAGCAGAAUGCAACACUUUAAAGACAGCACAAGGUGGACCUGAAAGAUUGCAUUUAACUCCUGUCAAAGCUGAGUAUGUGCCACCUCGAUGCAAAUUUGAUGAUAACUUUACUGGCAUAUGGAUCAACACUGCUAACUUCGAUGCUGAAGUAAUUAUAAAUGCUACACAUAUUGUGGAGCGAUGGAAGCCUGAUCAGGGAAGAGAAAAAGAACAAGUUUAUGUGUGUCAUGAACGUAGAGAUUCUAGAUUCGUGCUAGCAAGAAUGGGAAUUAAUGGAUGUCAAAAGGAUUUUAUGUGUUUUGACUUUGUGCCACGUCAUCAUAACGUUAUUAGAUACAGAAAAGGAAAGUCGUUAAUUGUUGAUGAUUUUUCUACUGUAUGUUCUUGGGCUAUGUUUCCUAAUAAAGAGCAGUGGAGAUAUGAUAUUUUUAUAAAAAAAAAUCCUGUUUCUAUUAAAUGUCCUGUUGCUGGGAAGUUUCGGUUUCAACAGAAAGGAGAUAUAUUAUUUGAAACUAGAAUAAGAGGUGGUGUGACAUCUAGUCCCAGACCAAAUGUUAAAUGUCAGGAUAUUAUAUCUGAUUUUUCAGUUUGUGAUGUUGAUCAGAAGAUAAUAUAUAUUGAUGCAGAAUAUUGCAUAUCAGUAGAUUAUUUUGGCAGACCUGUGGAUAUUUAUAGUGAACCUGAUUACAAAAUGAAAUGCAUUGGCUUUUGGAAGGAAAACUUAAAAUCAUAUUUGAUAACAUAUGAUGAGGAAGAUGCCUAUAGUAAAUAUAGAUGCUGGGUUUACCAGAAAGCUGAUUUGAAUCGUCUUUUGAUGUCAGAAUCUGUUGGAGCUUUCUGCCAUAUAAAACAGGAUGUUACCAGUAACAAUGCCUCUGAAGGAGCACAAGUUGCUCUGCUCAUGGAUGAAUACGAAAGAGAGCAUGAUGAUUGCCCUAUGUACUUUGAUGAUGGUUCAGACCCAUACCGACCAGCAGCUGAAGCAGUUAUGGUACUCAGUUGUGGAGUAUUUAACAAAUUGAGUAUUUUCUUGCAGCUUUCUUUGUUAAUACAUAUUCUAUUAAGUAUUAACAAAGAAGGUAUUCUAUUAAGUAUUAACAUAAAAGGUUUAUAGAAUUGGGAUAAAGGAAAAACAUCUGACUCAUAUUUGUAAAUAACAAACAUUUUUGUAAUGAAUAGAUUUUUAUUCACCAAAUUACACAAUGAAUAAUGAAGUGCAUUAGUGGAUUUCAAGAAAAGUUAGAUGUGAAGGAUUGUUCAUAAUAUAUUCCUUUUUAAAUAUUCUGUUUACCUUACAUUUCUGUGUACCGUCUCAUAUCAUAUUUUUGGCUGAAGUAUUUUUUUUCCCUUAUGAAACUAUCAUAUUAAUAUUUUUAGAUCAAUAUUGCUGAUGCAUAAGGGAAUUAAUAUAACACAAGAUUUAUCCUUUUUUUCUUAUUAAAAUUUUUUACAAAAUGUUUUUUUAUUGUAUUAUGCUGCAAGUUCCUGCACUAUUAUAAAAUGCAUUUACAAUUUCCGUCCAUUUUUUGUUGUUGAAUUUAAAUAUAUGAUUGUAGCAUAUGCACAAGAGCAUUUCAAUUAUUAGUAUAUUUAUGUUGAAAUUGUUUACAGACAAAUGUUUUACUGUUAAUAUAUAUAUAUAUAUAUAUAUAAAACUGCCUUGUAUAUAUAUUUGACUGUAUUAUUCAAUUUUUUACAUAAUCUGCUGGAGAACUUCCUCCUCUCCCAAAUUGUUACUUUACAAAUCUUAGGUAGACAUAAAUUUAAUUUUUGUGGAAAUGUUAAUAGAAUUUUUUCUUGAAUUAAAUUAAUUUUUGAUAUAUAUAGCGUUUUCCCCAUCUUAAAAUGUUCUAUGAAGUAUAUAUAUUUUUUCUUUUGUUUUUAAAAAAAUAUAGGCAGUAAAAAUAGUGUUUUUUUAAAUAUGUGCUUAUUUUUGUAUUGUAAUUGCUCACACCAUGGAGUCAGGGAUAACAUUAUAGCCUCAUGGUUAAGAAAUAUAAACAAAAAUUUAUUUGAAGAAAUAUAAUAUAUAUAUGCCUGAUAACAUUUUUAUGAGAAUCUGAAUCAAAAUUAUUAAAUUAAAUUGGUAUUGAAGUUAAUGUUUUUCUUACAGUUGCAAUUAGUUUUGUUAAUUAUUAGAAUUAUGUAUAUCUAUCCCAAUGCUUUGUUAUAUAUAAUUGAUGCUUAAUCAGUUUCAAAUAGAAUCUAUCUCUUUAAAAGUAUGUUGGACGCUAUGAAAAAUCAACAUAAUUAUGUAUCUUGGUAAAUGAUUUAAAUAUAUUUUCUCAAUUAUAUAUCUUAUUUGAUUUACAAAUGUUAUAUAUUACAAAUCUAUUACUUAUAUAUCAGCUAUUUUAUAUGAAUUCUUUAAUUUUAACGUGCUUGUAUAGAUUCUAUGGCUUUAGUGACUCUUCGUCCAUUUUUAAAGGAUUUUUAUUUUUUCCCAGAUUUAAUAGUCCACUAGUCACUUAGUGUUUUAUUAGUAGUAGAAAAGUUUUUGUUUUUCAUUUUCUUUUCUCUAUAGUUUGUAUUUUAAUUAAGUAAAUUGUAUUACAAAUAUGAUGAGACCAUGAAGAAAUGCUGCUACAUUUUACAAAUGUAAUGAAAGAUGUAAUUUCAAACAUAUGCUAUUUGUCUUUUGUGAGACAAUAGUCUAGUUUGAAUGAGUUUUUUUAUUGGUCUUCAGUUUGAAAACUGCAUGCUGGAAUGCAAUUGUAAAAUUGGUGUUCUAUUAGAAUGUUAUUUUAUAUGUUUUUAUCUGUUUUGUAUUUAUUUUUUUUAACAUGUAUUGGUAUAUUUUAUGGGGUAUGAUUUAUCAUUUGUUUAGAAUCGCAGUCUCUUUUUUUCAUUCUCUUUAUUUUUUAAAAUGCUUUUUUUAAUGAAUUAUACUUGCUACCAUUGAGUUUUAUUUUUGAUAUUUGUAAAAUGAAUCUAUUAUUUCUAAUUAUUUGUUGUUUAAAUGGACUACAUUUUUUUUUAUUAUUACUUUGGAGGAAAAAAUGUGAUCUCAUAUUUAUAUUAUACAAAAGUAUAUAAAUAGAACUGAUUUGAUUUCUUGCUAUUUUGCUCAUCAUAUUGUGAUAUAUGUAUUAUUUUCACAUUUUUUUACUAAGAAAAUUUUAUUAAUUGUUUAGGAGCAAAAAGAAGAUAAAUUGAAUAUGCAUAUUUUUUUCAAUGCUUGAAAUCUUACGCUUCCUGUAUUUAAGAAAAAUAGUUUUAUACUUCUUGUAUUUCUCAUUUCUUUUAAAUAAAUUGCAUAUUUUUUCAGUGAAAAUAUCAGUAGUUAUUAAAUUGUCUGCUCUUUCAUAUGUUAAUUUUAAACUUUCUGGAUAUUACUUGAAAGUUCUAUUAAGUUAUUUAUGUUGUUUAUUAAUAUACCAUUCCUUCUCUGUUUAAAAGUUUCUUAUCAGAAUUAUAAGAUUGUAACAUUCCAUAUAUUUUUAUUGUCAGAGCUAAACUUUUAUGCAUUUAGAAUUUCCGUCCAUUGCAAUUUAUUUUUAUGAUAUUUGUGCACAAGAAAAUUAGUGAAAUUUUUCUAAAUGAAAUUUAGUAUGAUUGUAUCUACUUUGAUUCAACUAGAAUCUAUCUUUAUACCCGUGACAAUGAAACAUUCCAUAUAUUUUUAGAGUUACUGUUGUGAAUCAUUGGAGAAUUUAUAAUGAAAUGCACUUAUAUGCAAUAAAUUUUUUUAUAUUUA